UUUGCAAAUCGCCUUUGGCUUCCCACAUCUCUUCCUCUCCACUGUGUAGAUAUGACAGCUUUGUUGGAGAUCGAGGAUUAAGCACAUCUAAAGUGCCCACAGGUCCCGGAUCCAGGAGCAAGAUACGUCAAGUGAAGUGAGGAGGAGAUUUCAAGACCUGGAUAUCAUCAUUUGUGGGGACACCAUUGACCAGAGACUAAGAUUUCUAACCUGAAAUUUAGGGCAGUUCAAGAAAAGACUAGAGACACAGCAUCCGAGUUACUGGCCAUUUCCCAAUAACAGAAGAAAAUGAUCAAGGACCAGGAAUUGCUGACACUGGAGGAUGUGGCUGUGGACUUCACUAGGGAGGAGUGGCAGCUCCUGGCCCCUGCUCAGAAGGACCUAUACCGGGACGUGAUGUUGGAGAACUACAGCAACCUAGUGUCAGUGGGGUAUCAAGGCAGCAAACCAGAUGCACUCUCCAGAUUGGAACGAGGGGAACCAUGGACAAUGGAAGAUGAAAUCCACAGUCAAACCUGUCCAGAAAUCAAGAAAGAUGAUGGUCAUCAACAGGUGCACUUGCACAAUCGAAGAUGUCUAAAGAGAAUGGAACAAUGCCAUAAACAUAAAGCAUGUGGAAACGUUCAUCAGAGUACAAGUAAUUUUCCUUCAUGGCAAAAAGAUAUAUCUGACUUACGCGGGAAAACUUUGAAAUCAAAUUUAAGUUUAGUCAACAAAAACAGAAUCUAUGCAGUAAAGAACCUUGUUGAAGUUAAUGGAAAUGCAAAAUCCUUCCUCCAUGCAAAGCAUGAGCAAUUUCGUACUGAAAUUAAAUUACCUGAAUGUGGAAAUUCUAUGAAUGCAAAUUCACAAUUCAUUAAGCAUCAAGGAACUCAAAAGGUAGAUAAACCCCAUGUAUGCACUGAAUGUGGGAAAGCCUUCAUCAAGAAGUCUCGCCUCAUCGAUCAUCAGAGAGUCCAUACAGGUGAGAAACCUCAUGGAUGUAGUAUAUGUGGGAAAGCCUUCUCCAGAAGGUCCAAGCUCAAUGAACAUCAGAAGACUCAUGUAGGAAAGAAACAGUAUGAAUGCACUGAAUGUGACAAAGUCUUCCCCAAGAAAUCACGGCUACUUAUUCAUCAGAAAAUUCAUACAGGAGAGAAACCCCAUGUAUGCAAUGAAUGUGGAAAAGGCUUCAUGAAGAAGUCUUGGCUCAUUAAUCAUCAGAGAGUUCACACAGGAGAGAAACCUCAUGGAUGCAGUCUGUGUGACAGGGCAUUCUCCAGAAAGUCCAGGCUCAUUGAGCAUCAGAGAACUCAUACGGGAGAAAAACCAUAUGAAUGCACUGAAUGUGACAAAACAUUCCGCUGGAAAUCACAGCUUAAUGCACAUCAGAAAGCUCAUACGGGAGAGAAAUCAUAUGUAUGCAGUGAGUGUGGAAAAGGCUUCAUUCAGAAGGGCAAUCUCAUUGUACAUCAGCGAACUCACACUGGAGAGAAACCUUAUAUAUGCAGUGAAUGUGGAAAAGGUUUCAUUCAGAAGGGCAAUCUCCUUAUACAUCAACGAACUCACACUGGAGAGAAACCAUAUGUAUGCACUGAAUGUGGGAAAGGCUUCAGCCAGAAGACAUGCCUCAUAUCACAUCAGAGAUUCCACACUGGAAAGACUCCCUUUGUAUGUACUGAAUGUGGAAAAUCCUGUUCACACAAGUCUGGUCUCAUUAAUCAUCAGAGAAUUCACACAGGAGAGAAACCCUAUACAUGCAGUGACUGUGGGAAAGCUUUUAGAGAUAAGUCAUGCCUCAAUAGACAUCGGAGAACUCAUACAGGAGAGAGACCCUAUGGGUGCUCCGACUGUGGGAAAGCCUUCUCCCACUUGUCAUGCCUUGUUUAUCAUAAGGGAAUGCUUCAUGCAAGAGAGAAACCUGUAGGUUCAGUCAAGUUGGAGAAUCCUUUCUUAAAGAGUCACAGCUCCUCAUAUUCAAGUGAACUCAUACAGGAGAAAAACCCUGUUAAUACGGUGAAUGGGCAAACACCUCCUGUGGCAGCUCAGACUUCAUUCCAUGUCAGUGGGCUCCUAGCAGAUAGGAAGGUAGCCAUUGUGGGACAGCCAGAUGCCAGAUGUCCAUCGUCAGCAGAUAAGGAAUGCACAGAGAAACCUUAUGAAUGCAGUGAAUGUGGUAGUGCCUUCUGUGAUCAGUUACGUCAUAUUUUAUGUCACAAAAAACACUCAGGAAUAAACUGUGGUACAGUCAAGGUGGAAAACCCUUGAAUAAAAGCUUUUAGCUCAU